AUGCUCUGCGAGAUAUUUGAGAUGCACAAAGAACCCAUAGCACACAACCCCCAAAACAUUCGUGUGGUUCAUUCGGUAUUCCCCUUUGGCCUUUGCCACGCAUCUGACACUAGCUCUUUUGAUUCUUUAGCAAAUCGGAGUUCAAUUGAUCGGAAACGUCACUCAGAAAUGGAUAUGACAAGGAGAGUGACUAGAAACCAGAAUGAUGAUGUUGCAUCUACCAGUAAGACUAUCAAGACUGAUGAUGUGAGACCUUGGUCAUACCUCAAUCAUGACAUGCUUUUAUUAGUUAUGAUGCAACUGGGGGUCAUCGAUUUUAUUGCUUUUAGUGGUGUCUGCAAGUCAUGGAGAUCAGUAGCACUCAGUAACAGGAAAAGUUUUAUGGCAUCCAAACCACCGAUGCUGACGCGUAUCUCUGGUCGUCUUCAUAUGGAUAAGAAAUUCCACAUAGAUGACCAUGAAGGAAGAAAGUUUAAAACCAUAAUUCCCCAUUCUGUUGACUGGUACAAUGAAGGAUUAACUUCUUGUUACAUGAUCUUGUUCAGGUUUAAUACCAAGGAGUACCGGCUUGUGAAUCCAAUCACUAGACAUGAAUUUAUUUUCCCUCCUAUCCCUUGGGAGACUGAUUAUGGCUCCAGAUCUGUCCUAGUCUUUUCACCUUCAAUCUCUAAAAUGGUGUUUGUUGUGUUAGCCCAGAAGCAAAUAUGGUUUUCUAUAGCGGAUGAGGGAACAUGGAAUCAUGUCUCCUCUUUCGACCUCAAAUAUUGUAGGGAUUUACAUGUUUUUAAGGGGAAGAUAUAUACUGUAGACACGAAUAAUUUUAAUUUAUGUGAAUUCAGACUCAAUCCUGAGCCCAAAGUGACGUUGCUCGAAACCAAGAAUCUUCCGGAGGAUCCGCGAAUACUUUUGCCGCAGCUUGUAAGUUGCGGUGAAAACCUUUAUGUGAUGGGAAGCUCAGUAUACGCAGAAAAGUUCAAUGUCUUUAAAUUAGAUUUUGGUAAAAUGGAAUGGGUGGAUUUUGAAGAUACAAGAGACGUAUGUGGUUUCUUUCUAAGCGAGGAGGAUUAUAGUGCUGCUGUUAAACCAGAGCUGUGGGCUGACCCUUGGUCACAUUACGAGGCAUAUGAUAUUGAUAACGGAGGUGAACAUGAGAAAAUAUUGUUUUCUGCAAUCAGAGGGUGGUAUUUCCCGCAUGAAUGUGAGAAUGUUAAUCUCAUAGAAGAGUCAUGACUUUGAAAUGCGUGGCUAAUGCAUCUGGUUUAAUUCAUAUCAAAUUAUAGGUUUUAUCUUUAAGCCUUCUUAUGAUUGAGAUGAUGGUGUUUUUUUUUU